GGCAGCGUUUUCAUGUGGAAGGUAGACGCAGAAAAGGACUUGCAGGGCGCUGUGAAAGACACAGACACGCUGAGCAGAGGCAGAGCUGCAUGCAUCGGGUUUUGUCAGUGCAGAAAACUGUGAGAAAUACAUGCAUAACAACACGCUCUCGUGUCUAUCUCUGUAGAAUGCCUGUUCUGUGCAGUUCAUUUGAACUGUGCACUAUUGAAAGAACAUUCGUGUGUAUUUAUUUUAAUUCAACUUUGAAUUGAAAAAGCACAUUAAUGUAUUAAUAUAUACUUUUACAAACAGCAACUUAUUUAUACUAACUUUAUUUUUUUUUCUAUGUUAAUCAUAUAUUAAGAGUAUUGGCAGCACUUCGUGUUAGCUAGCUCUUUGAAAAUAGAAGGAUCAUGCGUGCUGUUUUCACAACUCAAUGCGACGGGUAUCGAAGACGCUUCUGUAAUACAUUUUGCAAGUUAUACAUAUAAAUGUCAAUAAUACUGACUGCCAUAGACGUCUGAUCAGAGGCUAUAAACCUCCAUGAAAACACAGCUAGUAUUAUUAGCAGACACAGUACUGCGAUUACACUCGUGCAAGUGUAUUUACAAUUGAUAUACAGACCUGAGACUUUACCCUAUGCUUCCGGAACAUGACCAUGAUCAUCUGUCCAGGAGGUGGUGCCAAAGACAUUCUAAUGGUGAAAACACCAAACAAGUGAGAAAUGGUUUUACUUCAGCCAGACCUAGUCGUCGCCCACGCGUGGAUGGCCACGAGCACGAUGCCAAUGAGCUGCAGACCACGCCAGAGUUCCGCGCACACGUGGCCAAGAAGCUGGGCGCCAUGCUGGACAGCAGCAUAACAGUGACAGAGGAAGCUGCAAGUCCUCCCCCUGACCCAGGCAGUGACGACAACGGAUUUCGUUUGUUCUCCACCUCCAUCCCGGGCGGCACUGCAGAACCGGACCCCCCCCCGGCAGCGAGGCGCCGCCCCCCUCCCAGCUCCAGUGACUCGGACAGCGAGAUGGAGGAGAGGCUGAGGGAGGCAGCGGUGUCGGGGAGAGACAUCCUGAAGCACAGCGCCAUCCCCAGCCAGCAGAACCAGGGAGCGCAGGAGGAGGGGAGGAAGGGAGUGAGAGAGGAGGGGGGAAGCUGCAGUGAGCAGAGCGCCACACCACAGGUUCCGAAGAAGAAGAAAAAGAAGAAGAAGAAAAAGAAAGAGAGCAGGCAGGAGGAGGGGGCUGACUGCACCCCAGAGACUGGCAGGAAAACCAAAGUGAAACGGGACACCUAAGAGACUGCUUCCCAGCCUGGAGCCUGGACAAGAGCACCCACACCCAUCACAGCCUUGCAUUCUCGCUCUCUGCCUUCCUUGCUUGUAUUCUCUCUGUACCUCGCGUUCUCAUGGGUCCCUAUUCCCUUAGCUUUCUCUCGCUCUUCCUCUGUGCAUUCCCAUUCUUUCCCUCUAUCUGUCCCUCUUCCCCAGGGCACUGCAGCUCUCUGUUGGUUAGGGUGCGAGGUGCCAGGAGCAGGGCUCUGUAAAAUGAACGGACAGCGUCCAGCAGGCCUCCUGAGCAGGACUGAGAGGUAGUGAUAACUGUGUCUGUAGCCGCGGGAUCUCUUUCAAGCUAAUGCAGAGUGUUUGCUCAGUGGAAAGGCAUUGAGAAGCUGGGGUCUGGAGCAGUACAGUGUGUAUAUAUACUGCAGGUCCAGCUGUGUGCAUGGGACAUGCUGGGUUAUUUGGAAUCCGUUUCUUUGGGCACAGAUCCGUAUCCUGAUUGUAUAAAGCGUGGAUGUGUUUGGAAAUCGGGUGCAAGCGUCAGUGGGUUCUGCCUUCCAGCUGUACAGAACCUUUGCAUAUUAAAGGGAUGUUUUCCAA